AUCACUAUAUGCUGUAUAAGCUACAUAGUAUUCUGUUGGAAUAUACAGAAUUUAUACCGAUAUCCUAAGUGGUGCAUAUAUGUCUAUGUUAAAUAAUACUUUCUACAAAAAUUAAUUCCGAAAAUAGAUGUCACGUAAUGCUGAAGUUCGUAACACGUCACGUGCAAACUUGAUUUAAAGGUAGUAAUUAUGUAUAUUGUUAUUAACGCAAACAAAAUACCUUAAAAAUAUUUUCAUAUUUUUCUGGGAUGUAUUCACAGCUUACAGUACUAAAUAACUAAUUUGACACUUUUAACUAUAGACAUGAUGUUAAUCACUCACCAAUAUAUAUAUGUGUUACUUUUCCUUCAAUGUCAUAUCAACCACUGCUGAAUGAAUGAAAAAAAAUGUAUGCUGUUUUUGGAGAUAGCUAUAUUUCUCGUUUAGACGAUUACACAACCAGAGGAAACAGAGAUCUAAGACACAAUUACAAAUUUUAUGGAGUACCAGGAAUGUCAACACAAAGAAAGAUGUGGAACAAAUUCUAUGAAAUGGUUGCAGAUAAACCAAGAUAUGUGUUUAUCAAUCUAGGCGGAAAUGAUAUAUUGGACAAAGUGAAUAUAGACGAUAUCCUGGACAAUCUAGGAAAAGUUGAAGGCGGCUUGAGGAUACUGAGUUUUGUUAUACACCGGUGUUUUAUGCAGACCAAUAAAAGGAUGUAGAUAAUUUAUACUGAUUACACUUGUUUCGCUCGCCUUUAUCAUGCUUGUAGUUGUGUAUUGUAGUUGUGAAUAAAUUAUACAUA